AUGGAAGCCAAAACAUACCUCAGAAACGCUCUCCAAGCCAAACAACCUGGUCUCGGUUUCUGUCUCCCUGGGGCUUGUACCAUUUCCACCGUUCUCGCUACUGGCGGGUUCAACUGGGUGUUGAUCGACGCAGAACAUGGUGCUAUCACCGACAAGGACUACUUUGAUAUCGUCUCAUUCUCCAAGUACCCUCCUACCGGCUCUCGGGGUUACGGUCCCAUGUUCUGUCCUCCUGUAUUCGGAUGCAAGGGAUCAGAAUAUGAUUCUCAAGCGGAUGAAAAAUUGUUGGUCAUCGUUCAAAUCGAGUCCAGACAAGGUAUUGAGAAUGUAGAGGAGAUUGCAAAAGUCCCCGGAUUGGAUGUGCUUUUCAUUGGUCCUUUCGAUCUUUCAAAACAAUUGAAUGUCCAGUUCGGCGGAGAGGAACAUGAAGCUGCCAUUGCGAAGACCCUUAAAGCAGCCCAUGACGCUGGAAAGGUUGCUGCGAUCUUCUGCUCUAAUGGUCAAAUCGCGAAACAACGUUUGGAUCAAGGAUUCGACAUGGUCUCGAUCGCUGUCGACAAUGCUUGUUUGGCUGCUGAGAUGGAGAGGCAAAUGGGAUUCGCUACGGGUACCACUAAGACCGGAGAUAGAUCGUACUCAUAG